CCUGCUAUUUUCGCAAGGGAUGCAACCCCCUUGCAGAAACUGGGCGGAGCAAAUUGCAAAAUCGGAGAGCUGUCCUGAACCAGCAGAUUCUGAAAGCAGUGAGGAUGAGAGCUGGCGCAGAAAACCUCCUCCGUGCAACGACCAGCCCCAAAAUCCGAGAACAGGUGUUGCUGGAACUCAGCUAUGUCAAUUCCAACCUCCAGAUCCUCAAGGAAGAGUUAGAAGGGCUCAAUAUUUCCGUGGAGGUGUACCAGAACACAGAGGAAACCUUCAGCAUUCCUCUGAUACCGCUUGGCCUGAAAGAGACUAAAGAUGUCGACUUCGCAGCACCGCUUAAGGACUUUAUUCUGGAACAUUACAAUGAAGAUGGUGCAGAAUAUGAAAAUGAAAUUGCAGAUCUUAUGGAUUUAAGACAGGCCUGCCGGACACCUAGCAGAGAUGAAUCUGGAGUUGAGAUGCUGAUGAGCUAUUACGUACAGCUUGGCUUUGUAGAGAAUCGGUUCUUCUCACCCAGUAGAAAUCUGGGCAUUUUGUAUACUUGGUAUGACUCUUUCACGGGUGUCCCCGUUUGCCAGAAGAAUUUGUUGCUGGAAAAAGCCAGCAUUUUAUUUAACAUCGGAGCCCUCUACACGCAGAUCGGUACAAAAUGCAAUCGGCAAACGGCAGCCGGGCUCCAAAAGGCCAUCAGUGCUUUUCAGAAGGCAGCAGGAGUUCUAAACUAUCUAAAAGAAACUUUUACUCACACUCCAAGUUACGACAUGAGCCCUGCCAUGUUGAGUGUGCUGAUCAAGAUGAUGCUCGCUCAAGUUCAGGAGUGCAUCUUUGAACAGAUCUGCCUUCCUGGCAUACGGAAUGAAUUUUUCACGCUUAUAAAAAUGGCCCAGGAAGUUGCGAAGGUUGGAGAGAUGUACAUGCUUGUGGACACCGCGAUGAAUCAAGCACCAGUCAAGGAGAACAUCCCUUACUCUUGGUCAAAACUGGCCCAAGUCAAAUCGGAUCAUUUUAGAGCUUUGGCGCAUUAUUUUGUUGCCACGAUGCUGUGCGACCACCAAUUACAUCAGGCCGAUGAUGAAGAUCAACAGGAAAAGGCUUUUGGCCAGCUGUACGACCACAUGCCUGAGGGGAUGACACCCUUAGCUGUCUUAAGAGAUAGAAGCCAGCGUAAACAACUAGGAAGACUUCAUUUGCAUAAAGCUCUCCUGUAUCACAAAGAAGCCUUAAGGGUUUGUAGCUUAUGCACAAAGCUCCGGAAUAUAGAGAUCCUUCAAGAGAUUUUGUCCGUCGCACACAAGCGGUCCCUUCUCAAAUAUACCCAGCAGGAGCAAAUAGACGACUUCUUUAGUUUGGUGUCGGCACCCAAUAUCCUUCCCCACACAAAUCACAAAAUAGAACUGAUUCCUCCUCUGUUCUCUAACGUGAGAGACCUCUUCGAAAGACUGGGCCCACCUGCGGUCUUUUCAGCCAAGCAGAGGUGGUCACCCCCUCGCUUCAUUCGUUUCUACUGUGAAGAUGGCCAGUUGGGGUUCACUCUCAAAGGUGGCCCGCCGGUACAGGUUGACUGCAUCGACCCAGCUUCUCCUGCAGCAUUGGCAGGUUUGAAAGAAGGAGACACUGUGAUUGCUGUUGAAGACACGGAUUGCAAAUGGUUGGGGGUGAGUGACGUCUUGGAAAAACUCCAGAAUUUGAGCGAACGGGAGAUUGAGAUCCAAGUGAUCAGCUGUCAAGAUAAUGCACCUUCCUUGCAUAACAAAUGUGCCACUUACUCAGCGGGGAUGCAGAAAACAUACUCCCUUAUAUGUCUGGCGAUGGAAGAUGAGAGAACCGACAAAACCAAGAAGGUGACGCCUAAAUUGUCCUUCUUGAGUUGGGGAACCAAAAACAGGCAGAAAGCUGCCAGCACGCUCUGCCUUCCUUCGGCUGUAAGUGGGACCUCUGCCAUGAAGAAGAAACUGACAACCCCAUUCACACUUUUCAACACCGAUAGUUCAUUGUACUAGGGCCUGGUGACCAAGGGCGGUCUCACCCACAAAGGGCCUCAGAAUGGAUGUUGUGAGUUCACAAUGUAGCCUUUAAGAACCCAGGGCUGAGUAGCCCCGACUUGCAGUCAACAACUACCCAUUCAAAUCUGGC